GUUUGGAGCGCAGCGCUUGAAGAGAACUAGCGGCAGGAGCUGAUACUACACUGAAGAAAUUAUGGCGGAUAACGAGCAUAACAGAAGGGGUUGCACCGACGACGGAGGGCCGCAGGAGGAGGGAGGCAGAGUGAAAACUAAGCCUGUCUCUUGUAGCACUGUGGGAGGAGGAACGACCGCAGUCAAACGCACAUCCCAGCAUCUCUCGUCUGAAGAUGAGGAUGAGUCCUCAGCAGACCCUCCAGCACCCUGCAAAGUUUCCAAAAUAGGCUUUGGCAUGAGCAGUCAGAUGGGGAAGAAGGGCAACCCCAUAUCUAUUAAGCUUGGAGCAACAAAACCCAAAGAGCCUGUACCAGCACUUCCUCCAAAAAAGCCAGGGCUGGCGUCUGUCUUUAAUGAGGAUGAUGAUAGUGAACCUGAGGAAAUGCCUCCGGAGGCAAAGAUGAGGAUGAAAAACAUUGGCAGGGAGACGCCAACAUCUGCAGGACCUAAUUCCUUCAACAAGGGCAAGCAGGGCUUCUCUGAUCAUCAAAAACUUUGGGAGAGGAAGCUGAAGGCCCAAGCAGACAAAUUGUAAAUUAAUAUCACAGUUUUUGUCACUAAUGGAUAAUUUUGUAUAGGUUAAACCAUGCCAGAGAUAUCUAUGAAGGCUCAAAUGAUUCCUCUCUGUACCCUUAGUUUUGACAACUUCCCAGCUUUGUGGACAUGCAAUGAAGAAUACUUUAAGCCCUCUGUGAUUCUCAGUGACUGAACUCAUGUUUACAUGUCUAACCACUACCGGCUGAGAGGUACCAGAGUGUCGAACUUCUGUGAUGAGAGGUGCAGAGUUGGGUAAUGGAGAGAUGAGACGAAUAAAUUAGCCAGAAUUUUGUUUAAACUGUGUUUGCUACAGGUGGUUUCUGCUGGCUAAUCAGAAAAUCUUGCAUCUUAGAGCUCCCACUUCCCUUUUUUUUGUCAUGUUUGUUCUUAUCUGAAGCUGGUUAGGUGUGCCCAUGGGCAAGCUUAUCUAAUUGUGUAAAAAUGUACAUAGAAGUGUGAUAAUAUUUUAUUUUUAAAUUCUCAGAUAAGUGUGAUGUUAUGUUAACUUGUGUGUGAUGCUUUUUUUGUUUCAUUUAGUUUCUCAGCAUCAGUAUGAAACCCUUUGUUUUCACCAGCCGUGCCACCUUAUAGACAGUCUUUGGUUUGUUUUUAUGUUUUUUUUUUAGCGUUGUGUCAGUAUUUCUGCAUUUGCUUACGCAACACUGUAUUUCUUUAUGCUUCACUGAAUCUUGCAAACUUAGAAAUGUGGCUGUGUUUAUGUUCACAACAGAAAGACUGAUAUGUUUUAGUGUGAAAACCAGAAUCAUACAUGACAUGGCCACCACCUCCACCUCUUUUUGGAAAAUCCCUGUACUCAAAAAUAUACCUAUUACCUAACUGUUGCACAUGUUUCCCCAAAUGAAAUAUAUUAAUAUUCACUGCAAUACCCUGUUUUAUUAGACAGAACUCUGUUGAAUACAUAUUUAAUAUCCAAUCAAAUAAACAUUUUGGAUGAUA